AUGGUGCCUCCUAAUGUCGAAACGCAGGCGGAACUUACUUACCGCCCAACAGCCGGAGUGAAAAAAGCUGUUGAAAACAUCACAUUUGAACGUGGUUACAUACCUCCCAACUUCACCAUUAAGGAGAUCCGUGAAGCAAUUCCCGCUCACUGCUUUGAAAGAAAUGCGUUGAAAUCGGCGGGAUAUGUCGCGAGGGACCUUGCCGCAAUUGCGGCCCUUGUUUAUGCUGUAACCUUCACAGAUGUUUAUUUGCCUCCGGUAUGGCGUUAUGUUACGUGGCCUCUAUAUUGGUUCUUCUGUGGUGCCUUUGCAACUGGUAUUUGGGUGUUGGCACACGAAUGUGGUCAUCAAGCAUUUUCACGUUCAACAACUCUCAACAAUGCGGUUGGCUUCAUAUUGCACACGGCCCUACUAGUUCCAUAUCACUCCUGGAGAAUCACUCACUCCAAACAUCACAAGUACACCGGUCACGUGGAUAAAGAUCAAGUAUUCGUGCCAAAGACACGAUCGAAACUCGGUUUACCUCCGAAGGACGCGAUCCAUCACUCGGUAUUCGAGGAUACACCAAUCAUCACACUUUUGAAUCUGAUUGGACAGCAGUUACUAGGGUUCCCCCUGUAUUUAAUUUUUAAUAUGUCAGGUCAAUCAUAUGACGAUUGUUGGGCAAACCAUUUUAAUCCAUCUUCUCCAAUGUUUGACCUCAAAAAUUUCAAUGACAUCAUAAUUUCCGACAUUGGAAUAAUGAUUGCCCUGUCUGCCAUCUGUUACUUCUCUUACACCUAUUCGUUCCUUGUCGUGGCAAAGUAUUAUUUGAUACCUUAUUUGGUGGUAAAUCACUGGCUCGUUCUAAUCACCUACCUUCAGCACACCGAUCCAAAAUUGCCCCAUUAUCGCGAAGAACAAUGGGAUUUUGUACGUGGAGCAGCCACCACGGGUUAG